AUGGUGGAGGCCUACCGCAAAGGCUUCAAACUCAGCAGGUGGCUGAUCAAACGUGAGUUCCCGCAGCUUGAGGUGAGCGUGAUCACCACCUCACGGAUCACUGGAGAUGUAGCCCGCGAAGCCGCCGAAGACCCGGACUCAGAGGAGGAGGGCGAAGACGUUGAAGAGGCUACCACCACCGACCAGGUCGGCACUCCUGCAGAUACUCCGAGCAAGAAGGAUGAACCCCUUGCUGCCGGUCGAGUCAUAUAUAACAAACCCAUUCGCCUCUGGGACAAUGCCACCAACAACCUCACAGACUUCACCACCCAUUUCUCCUUUUCCCUUUCCUUUGAUAAGGAUUCUAAAUAUAUACCGGGCGACGGAUUCACCUUCUUCCUUGCUCCCAAUUCCUCCCUCCCUCCUCUUCCAACUGCUGAUACUAAUGUCAUUGCUUCUUCGUCAGGUCAAUUCCUUGGUCUUUUUGACAAUAAGACUGGAACCAAUGCAGGUGAGAAUCAAGCUGUUGCAGUAGAGUUUGAUACAUACUCAAAUGAUGGAAAAGACCCAAAAUAUCGUCAUGUAGGUAUUGACGUUAAUGCAAUCAUAUCUGUUAAAGAAGUUCAAUGGAAUAUUAGUGGAACAAACGAGGUGAAAGGCGAUGCUCAGGUCAGUUAUAAUUCUAGCACAAAAGACUUGAGUGUUUUCUUGAUAUAUGUUGACGGAGCGAAGGGAAGUGAGACCCUUAGCCUCUCCUAUAGGGUAGAUUUGAGAAAUAAAUUGCCGGAAUGKGUUAAUAUUGGCUUCUCUGCUUCAACAGGAUGGAGUUUCGAAUUCCAUAGUAUUCUCUCCUGGAAUUUCAGUUCAAGCUUGGAGAUAAGAAAUUCUUCAAGCUUGCUGAUUAGCAACAAUUCAAAGCCAAACAAGAGUUUGGUGGUGGGGUUGGUUGUUGGUACAAGUGCCUUGAUUGGUUGUUUGGUUAUGAUUUUGCUAGUCCUGAAAAAGAAAAGGAAUAGGUCGCCCGAUGCCUCAAUGGACGAAGAUUUUGAAAGGGAAACGGGACCCMAGAAGUUCUCRUAUGGMGAAUUGGUWCGUGCAACAAAUAAUUUCAAUGCGGAAAUGAAGCUUGGAGAGGGAGGAUUUGGAGGAGUUUAUAGGGGUUUCUUGAGUGAUCGUAAGUUGGAUAUAGCUGUCAAAAGAAUUUCUGAAGGAUCUAAGCAAGGGAUAAAAGAAUACAAGGCAGAGGUAAAGAUCAUCAGUCAGCUAAGGCACAGGCAUUUGGUGAAACUUGUUGGUUGGUGCCACAAACAGAGAGAACUCCUCCUGGUGUAUGAGUUCAUGCCCAAUGGUAGCCUUGAUUCUCAUCUCUUCAAAGAUAAAACCUUGUUGACCUGGAAGGUCAGCGCAAUCCGGGCACUCUUACCUGGCAAAGAGUCGGCUCCUAUCUGGCAACGGACGGCACCUGAGAAGAAGAUGGUGAAGAAUUCCCAGGGGAUUACCCGGUGGGAAUACUCCGACGAUCAAGUUAGACUACUUGAAAUAGUGGAAUUUGGGUCCCUCAGUCCCAUUGAUGGUGGCAUUCCCACCAUGUUCUGCCGCAUUAGCAUUUUGACAAUGGGGGUACUUCUCUUGGAUCUUAUAUUGGGUGAUCGGUACUGGUGGGUGUUGCUUUACGUUUUUCCAUUCAUAGUUAAGCCAGCUCACAAUUCUCCAGCAGAUGUUGUUCAUGAUCAGUUCCAUUUUCAGUUCUCCGGCGAAGAGAUCAGAGCAGCCACGGUGGCCUCCCAGUCCCAGACCAGUCAGUCUGGUUGCCCAGACAAAUGCGGAAACGUCAGUGUUCCAUACCCAUUUGGCAUCGGUGACAACUGUUCCAUAGAUGAACAGUUCAAUCUUACUUGCAACUCCUCCUUCAGCCCUCCAAAACUCUUCUUACCAAAUGGUAAUUUUGACGUACUUGAAAUAUCACUACUCUAUGGCUACCUGCGUAUCCAUGUAUGGAUGGCCAGCGAUUGCUAUAACAAGAGAGGACAGGAGGACAACUCCUCAACUACGACAGAGCUAGCCCAGUUCACCUUCUCAGAUACUCGCAACAGGUUCACAGCCAUUGGUGACACCAUAGCUUUUAUCAACGGCACGGAAGGCCAAAGCUACGCCAGUGGGUGCAUUUCUCUGUGUGACGAUAUAGCUAACGUGAUUAAUGGUUCAUGUGCCGGCAUAGGUUGUUGCCAGACCACCAUUCCCAAGGGUGUGAUGAAGUAUGAUAUAAAGAUCGAAAGCAGAAACAACCAUGCAAAUAUCCUCAGCUUCAAUCCAUGUAGCUAUGCUUUUCUAGUUGAACAAAAUCAGUUCAACUUCUCAUCGUCAUACCUCCAAGAUUUCAAUGCCACGGAAUUUCCGGUGAUCCUCGACUGGGCUGUUGGAAAUGAGGCAUGUGAAGAAGCUAAAAGAAACCCCAACACUUAUGCAUGCCAUGAGAACAGCUACUGCUAUAAUUCCAUUAAUGGCCAACCGGGAUAUCUCUGCAACUGCACACAAGGUUAUCGUGGAAAUCCCUAUUUAUCUCUGGGUUGCCAAGAUAUUGAUGAGUGCAGCGAUCCAAACCUUAAUAACUGUUUAUUACAGUGUAAUAAUACAGCUGGGAGUUUCUAUUGUUCUUGCCCGGCUGGCUACCAUGGUGAUGGUAUUAGAGACGGUCAAGGUUGUAUACCUGAUCCAGAUGAUGUCAACCAGAGAAUUCUUGGGAUUAAAAUUGCUGUAGGCACUGGUCUCGGCGUCUUGUCUCUCCUUGUUUGUAGUUGUUUGUUGUAUUGGACAAUUAGGAGAAGAAGGCUUAUCCUACUCAGAGAGAAAUUCUUUCAACAAAAUGGUGGCUUACUAUUGCAACAACAAAUUGCUUCACGUAGAGGUGUUUCAGAAAUUGCCAWGAUCUUCACAGAGGAAGACCUAAAGAAGGCAACCAAAAAUUUUGAUGAGAGUCGAGUUAUUGGGCAAGGAGGCUACGGUACAGUUUAUAAAGGAAUUUUACCGAAUAAUAGAAUAGUUGCSAUUAAGAAAUCAAAAAUAAUGGACAAAAGCCAGAUUUCACAAUUUAUAAAUGAAGUUGAGAUUCUUUCCCAAAUCAACCAUAGAAAUGUAGUGAAACUCUUGGGUUGUUGCUUAGAGACAGAGGUACCUUUGCUGGUAUAUGAAUUCAUCUCCAAUGGAACCCUUUCGSAACACAUCCACCAUGAGAGCAAUGAAUCAUCCAUUCCUUGGGAAGACCGACUCAGAAUUGCAGCUGAAACUGCUGGAGCAUUGGCAUAUUUGCACUCUGCACAUUCCAUACCAGUUCUUCAUAGAGACAUGAAAUCUGCUAAUAUAUUAWUAGAUGAAAACUAUGUUGCAAAARUAUCCGAUUUUGGUGCUUCAAGGUUGGUUCCUUUAGAUCAGACUCAAAUGACUACAUUGGUUCAGGGGACUCUUGGUUAUUUGGAUCCAGAAUGUUUUCAUACAGGUCAACUAACAGAGAAAAGUGAUGUUUAUAGUUUCGGGGUUGUUCUUGYGGAGAUUUUAACUGGGGAAAAGCCUCUGUCAUUAGAGAGACCUGGGGAAUAUAAAAGUCUGGCAAUGUAUUUUGUUUCUUCAAUGAAAGAGAAUCGACUGUUCCAAAUUCUUGAGGAUGGAAUUGUGGAUGAGAAAAACAAAGAGCAAUUGAUGGCAGUUKCUGAACUUGCAAGGAGAUGCCUAAAGGUGAAAGGGGAAGAUAGACCCACAAUGAAGGAAGUGGCAGCUGAGCUUGAAGGCCUAAGAAGGUUUCAAGAGCAUCCAUGGGUGCAACAAAACCAUGAGGAAACAGAGUAUUUGCUUGGUAACCCAUCAAGCUAUUCUGUUGGUGAUGUAAACUGUCAAGAGAGUUUGAGUGAUGGCUUCCUCAUGGCAUUAGAAAUUGCACGUUAGG